AUGGAUGAGGCAAACCCACUCACAUCUCUCUCAGCCACCGGAAGCGUCGCUUCCAGGUUUGUUACACAAUCCGAGAUAGACAGUGCGAAAGAACGUCGUGAAGAACAAUGGAAAGCAGCUUAUGCUCGGCUGGGACAAGAACCACCUCCAAGACCUACUGAGGAUCCAGAAUAUGAUGGGAGGUCAUUAUAUGAGCGCUUGCAAGCUAAUAAGACAGCAAAACAAGAACAGUGGGAGGAGAAGAACAAACUGAGCAAUCAAUUUCGGGCUUUGGAAGAAGACGAAAUACAUUUUCUCGAUAGUCUAAUCGACGAAAAGGUUGUCAAAGAACAAAAACGCAAAGACGAGGAGAAUGAGGAACUGAAAAACUUCCGAGAGGCAGUUUCCCAACGCGAAGCCCAGCAAGCAGCUGCCAAUCCCGUGCCUCCUCCAAGCUCAAGUUCUAAGCCUGCUCCAAAACUGACUGUGUCGACGCCAGCCAAAAGUCAACCCAAAAAGAAUCAAAAGGCUAUCCUUAAAGGCGCUAUUGUCAGAAAGCCUGGUGCUUCCACAUCUGGCUCCGCAAAAUCUUCAACCAAACCCCCCACACCUGUCAUGCCCUCCUUUGAAGUAUCAACACCAGCUCCACAACCAGCCGCUCUAGAUAACAAACCAUCUUCAAAGCCCUUAGAUGAAACCUUGCUUGGCAAAAAGCGCUCCGAGUCCUCCAUACUUCAAGAUGUGGGGGAAGCGGAAACCGAGGGCCAAUCAACUAAACGGCAGAAAAUCUAA